ACAGAUUCUCUUUAUCUUCCCUUUUGUAUGUUCUUUUGUGUGUAUAUAAACCAGUCUUCAGGCCAGCGACUACCUCACCAUUAAUUCCCACACAAUCAUUCUUCAAUACAAUAGUCUCGAGAUAAACAGCAAAGUGUUUGAAACAUGUCAGAUUGGGGCCCAGUGUUUGUGGCAGUGAUCUUGUUCGUGCUGCUAACGCCAGGUUUGUUGUUUCAGGUGCCGGGGCAUCAGAGGUGCGUGGAGUUUGGCAAUUUUAAGACAAGUGGUGCGGCAAUCAUGGUUCAUGCCCUCCUCUAUUUUGCUCUCAUUUGUGUCUUCUUGCUUGCUGUCAAGGUUCAUUUGUACCUUGUUUUUAUUCAGAAAGAGAUGGCAGAUUGGGGGCCUGUGGUGAUUGCAGUGGUGUUGUUUGUGCUGCUAAGUCCAGGAUUGUUGUUCCAGUUACCAGGAAGGAACAGAGUGGUUGAUUUUGGAGGCAUGCAUACUAGUGGUCUAUCCAUUCUUGUUCAUACCAUCAUCUUCUUUGGCCUGAUCACCAUCUUUCUCAUCGCCAUAGGUGUCCACAUCAACACUGGAUGAUCACUAGUCCAGUAUUUGUAUCCACUGCAUGCUGCUGGUACCGUUACUGACUUACUUCCAAUACUUUCUAAAUCUUUGUUUCAGGUUCAGGGUUUUAGUUUGUUUACUAUAAAGUGUCGACUUUUGAUUUUGCCAUUGUUGCGCUCUCUAAUUCAACAAGAAAAGACGGAAAAAAAAAUGUUUGUUAACUGUUAUAAAUGCAUGAUCUGAAUUUCAAUGACAUGGUUAGUUUCUCUA